AUGACUGUCACCCUGCUGACGUAUGAGCUGCACAAAAAGGACAGCAAGCAGAAUUCCUUCAAGAAAUCCCAUCACCUCAAGGCCAUGAGAUACUUCUGGGAUGUUGCUUUGCUUGCCAAUGUCUACUUGAGACCCUAUAAAUUCCCUUUCUCAGGAUCAAAGCCCUUUGCCCGCUAUGGAUAUAAGCCCUCACCACCAAACGGCUGUGGAUCUCCUCUGUUUGGAGUACAGUUCGACAUUGGUAUCCCUUCAAUGACAAAGUGCUGCAAUCACCAUGACAGAUGCUACGACACUUGUGGCAAUAAAAAAAAUGAUUGCGAUGAGCAGUUUCAGUCCUGCCUCUCCAAAAUCUGCAGAGAUGUUCAAAAAACACUUGGAAUAUCAGAAAGUGUACAAGCUUGUGAAUCAACAGUUCAGCUGUUGUUUGAUGCAGUUAUACAUUUAGGAUGUAAACCCUACUUGGACAGCCAGAGAGCUGCAUGUAUGUGUCAGUAUGAGGACAAAACAGAUCUCUAAAGAAAAGAUUUGAGAGCUCAUGGUGUGAAUUAAAAGACUCAUCUGGAACGUGGUCAGU